AAGUCAUACCAACCAACCAGAUUUUAUCUGGGUACAGUUUUUACUCUUAUUCGGAUCUUGCCCAAAUUCCCUUCUCUUAAUCUUUUCGGAUCCAAUCGCUCUCUCGUUUUCUCUUCACGACCCAACCCUAAUCCUUCCGGAUCCUCCGAUCGGACUCUCUUCAGUAAUGCUCUUUCGGAAUAAUCUCUAAUUUGGAUUAUCUAAAGUCUAUGCAAUGGAAGUGGCAAAUGAAUCAGCUACCAAAAAACCGAAGCGGUUAACAUCUAUUGUGUGGAAUCACUUUGAACGGGUUAGAAAGGGUGAUGUAUGUUAUGCGGUUUGUGUGCAUUGUAAUAAAAAACUUAGUGGAUCAAGUAAUAGUGGAACUACACAUCUAAGGAAUCAUCUAAUGCGGUGUCUGAAAAGAUCUAAUUAUGAUGUGUCUCAACUACUUGCCGCAAAGAGAAGGAAAAAGGAUACUAGUGUUACCCUUACAGAUAUCAGCUUUGAUGAAGGGCAAAGAAAAGAUGAGUAUAUUAAGCCCCUUAUAAAGUAUGAACCAGAGCAAAGAAAAGACGAAGUUGUAAACCUUGGGAGUUGUAGGUUUGAUCAAGAGCGGAGUCGUCUCGAUCUUGCCCACAUGAUUAUAUUACAUGGUUAUCCAUUGGCCAUGGUGGAUCAUGUUGGAUUCAAAGUAUUUGUCAAGAAUCUUCAGCCAAUGUUUGAGGUUGCUCCAAACAAUGAUAUUGAGCUUUCUUGUAUGGAGAUUUAUGGGAAAGAGAAACAGAAAGUGUACGAUUUUUUAAGUAGAUUGCAAGGCCGAAUUAACCUAGCUGUGGAAAUGUGGUCUUCAGCAGAAAAUGCUGAAUACUUGUGUUUGACGGCACAUUAUAUUGAUGAGGAUUGGAGAUUACAGAAAAAGAUCCUGAAUUUCAUCACUCUUGACUCCUCCCAUACGGAUGACAUGCUUUCAGAAGUGAUUAUCAAGUGUCUUAUGGACUGGGAUAUUGAUUGUAAAUUGUUUGCCUUGACAUUUGAUGAUUGUUCAACUGAUGAUGAUAUUGUCCCCAAAAUUAAAGAACACAUAUCACAAAGUAGGCCUCUUUCAAGUAAUGGUCAAUUGUUUGAUGUCCGUUCUGCUGCACAUGUUCUAGAUUUGAUUGUUCAGGAUGCUUUGGAAGCACUCCGAGAUGUGACUCAGAAAAUUCGAGGAAGCAUUAGAUAUGUUAAAAGUUCACAAGUAACACAAGGAAAGUUUAAUGAGAUUGCCCGGCAAGUUGAGGUUAACAGUCAGAGGAGCUUAGUUAUUGAUUGUUCAACUCGAUGGAACUCAACAUAUAUCAUGCUGGAAACCGCCUUAGAAUACAGAAAUGCAUUUAGUGUCCUACAAGAGCACGAUCCUGAGUACUCAUCAGCUUUAACUGAUACAGAGUGGGAAUGGGCAAGUGCCAUUACUGGCUAUCUAAAACUUUUUGUCGAAAUUACCAAUGUCUUUUCUGGCAACAAAUUUCCCACUGCAAAUAUAUAUUUUCCCGAGGUUUGUGAUGUCCAUAUCCAAUUAAUUGACUGGUGUAAGAGCCCAGAUGAAUUCCUGAGCUCCACAGCAUUAAAGAUGAAAACUAAGUUUGACAAAUUUUGGAGCAAAUGCAGUUUGGCUUUGGCAGUGGCAGCAAUCUUAGAUCCGAGAUUUAAGAUGAAGCUGGUGGAGUAUUACUAUUCUCAGAUUUAUGGUAGUACUGCUCUGGAACGAAUAAAGGAAGUUUCUGACGGUGUUAAGGAGCUGUUCAAUGCCUACUCUAUCUGCUCAACCUUGGUUGAUCAAGGUUCAGCUUUGCCUGGAAGCAGCUUACCUAGCACUAGUAGUGACAGUAGGGAUAAAUUAAAGGGCUUUGACAAAUUCCUCCAUGAGACUUCUAAAAGUCAAAAUGUAGUAUCAGACUUGGAGAAGUACUUAGAGGAACCAGUCUUUCCUCGUAAUUGUGACUUCAACAUAUUAAAUUGGUGGAAAGUACACACACCAAGGUACCCCAUAUUGUCCAUGAUGGCACGUGAUGUAUUGGGAACUCCUAUGUCGACUGUUGUUCCAGAAUCUGCAUUCAUCAAGGGAGGUAGAGUCCUUGAUGAUUGUCGAAGUUCAUUGAAUCCUGAUACUCGACAGGCCUUGAUAUGUGCACGGGACUGGUUAUGGACGGAGUCUGAUGAGCUCAAUUCAUCUGCAGGCCAUUAUGCUCUACCCCUUUACAUUGAAGCAAGUUAACUUGAUGGUUUUGACGGAUCUGUCAGCAGUUGAUAAGUUCAAAAACUUAGGCGCCAUUCUCAGGAUCGAUCGUGGUUUGGAUAUAGUUUAUUUAGAUGUACAUGUUCUUAAAUCUGUAUGUCCAUAUUAUCAAAGUGUGACAGAAAACGCUAACUGCUAAUAGUCUUUGGCAAGAUGGUUAAAUGUACAUCUUGAUGUUAGUGCUUAUAUUCAUGCUUAUUUGACAGAAGAGACCUCUCUGAUAGUGAUAUUGAAGGCUGCUGUUCCACCAUUUCUGCUCGCUCAUU